CUCUAACCGAUUCCUAUGACAACCCUAUCCGAAGUGACAAAAGCGGUCAAGUGAAAGUGGCAAUGACUGCUAGCGAUUUGAAUAGUGAUGGAAGCAAGGCAGCUGCGAUGAAGUCAGAUUCACAAGGAAGCAUGAGCGGGAACGCAGAUGAAAAAGGGCAGGAAAAUAUAAACGAUUUACCAUCUUAUUCAGAUCUUAACUCCAUACACCAUUCACCUCGAGUUUCCACAAUACCCAUAACCUCUUCAAUGGUAAGCGAUGAAGAACCGAUAGAUAUACGGCUAGACGAUGAUCCUGUCACGUCUUCAUAUGCUAAUACGAGCGGACAAAAUCAAAAUAAUGACCAUUCAUCAACAUCAAAGCAUUAUAAUAAUGGUCCCUCCAUUUGGCUCACACCAGCAAGGAGUGCUUCCCAGGUCACGUAUGAUUCUUACAACGCUUCGCAAGUCUACUUUGAAGCUACCAAACCCAAUAGGUCCUUGAGUACGAUACCAGCGCUCUCCAAUUCACUACCGAACGCUGAACAAGGAGAGUCUUCGCAAUCAAGUGAUAUCGCCUCAUCGCAAGCAAAACUUACAUUGGAGAAUCUCACAGAAGCUUUGCCACAUCCUACAGCAAUUUAUCACCCUGGUACAUCGCAAUGGCAAGUCGUUUUGGACGAGGAAGAGUUUGCCCGGGGAUAUAGGGACACAAGCAAGCCUGAAGCAAUAGAGAUAACAAGUAACGAUUUUACUCUUUGGAGAUCGAUAGACGUCAUUGAAGCUGACGAGAUUGAUAAAGGGAUGCAUUUGGUAUCCAUUCCGCCUAUUGAGAUUGGACAGUCUCAAGUAGCUUGGAAGGUAGUGAAGCAAUUUCAUCGAUGGCAAAGUACCGCUGGUAAGUUCGUUUAUUCAACUAUACCUGAAGCUUUAAAUAGUGUAGUCCCUACCAGGUUACUUGACGCCUUCAAAAAUGAGAGAAUGUCCAACCCUCGACCUAGUGUCACCGGUAUAGCUCAAUUUCAAGAUUCUGGACUCACACUAUUAAAGAUUGUCGGCAACGCUGCUAAUGGAGAAACGAGGUCAUUAAUGAUCAGUGGUGUGACUAUUUCGACAAAGCUUGGAAUGGAUCAACACACUGAAGGUAUAUUGACCUGUAUGGGUUUUACACAAUCUGAACAAACCGAUGAUCAGACUGGGAUGUCAAAAAAGGUUGUUCGGCCUCCGGACAUUUCUUCAAAGCAUCUCCAGAUACGAUUACGCAGGGCAUGGAUUGAGCUUGUCCUUUGGUUCACAUACGAAGCAAGUCUUUUACCCAUUCCAACCGUUUGGGAUUCUAUACAAAAGUCUGAUGUGCCCUUUCUUCCACAGAGCAUAUCUGCUACUGAAUACCUGUGUAGAGUAUUUGGCGACUCUGGAACGUCCUCCAAGCAAGAUGUACCGCAUGACCUUUUAGCAGAGCUUGCCGGACUGGGCCUAGAUGGAGAUGCCUCAGACGAAAUGGUUCAAAAGGUUUACGAGCUCAACACCACUUCUGCCGGCUUCAUUGAACGUAUUGAAGCAUUUUCAACUCUGCAAAGAUUAGUGGAGAAUCAUAGAACACACAGUGACGCACUCCAAACACUUGUUGCAAUCGAGCGUAGCAAACCAAUGUACACAAAGCAAGAGAUCCUCUCAAGCUAUACGAAAGUGAUUGGUGAACCUAUCGAUACCCUUGAAAAAGCUUCCCAAAUAGAUGAUAGUUUCAUUGGUGCUAUGUUUCAAGUUAAUACAGAAAAUGUCGUUGCAGAACCUUCAGAAGUGCAAUCGUUCAAAGAUGCUCUACAAAUCGUUUCUUGGUGUCGGGGUAGGCCAGCAUCUCUCGAGGCAGUUUUGGAAAAGCCGAUAGAGUUCAGCCUGGAAAAAGCCUACGAGGUCUUGGGUGUUACAGCUGAAACAGAUGAUGACUUUAUCGCUUCUGUCUACUCAAUCGCUGCCACAGACAAGAAACAUACAGAAGCAGAAUGCAUUGAAGCACUUCGAGUGAUAAGCAAAAAUCGAAAGAGUACUGCUUUAUCGAAAGUGUACCGUAACGCAACUGGACAAGAAGAGGCUUUGGAUUGGGAAAUGGCUGAUACAGAUAAGCCGGCGGGGUUGAACAAUAUCGGCAAUACAUGUUAUCUCAAUUCAGUGUUACAGUACUUUUACGCGAUCAAACCGAUCCGCGAACGUAUCUUAGGAGCUGGACAGGUAGCUGUAGAGACAAAGAAGGUCAUCAACGCUGAACGCAUGCAAGUCGGUGGACGAAAAGUAAGCCAACGUGAAAUCGAUCGAUCGCAUCAAUUCGUCAAAUUGUUAUCUCAACUCUUUUCAGCUAUGAUGACUUCACCGAUCACAGCUAUUACACCCGAACGAGAGCUAGCAUACUUGGCGCUUGUGUCUUCUGCUCGUGAAGAGUCUUUGACAGAGUUUGUCGAAGAAGACGGUGAAAAGGGAGCGAGCUCGACUGCUUUAGAAGGUUCGCAUAAUAGUGCAGGUACCGAUACGACACUGGUGGAAGAGCCCAAGACGUACAAUACAGAUGUUGAUGGCAAUACACAGGACAAUACGGCAGAGCCAAUCGGACCCCAGAACGCACCCGAUAUCCCAUCAGCAGCUAGACCGCCUGCCCUUCCAUCAAGACCACUGCUGGAACACACUGAGGCAGGCCAGAGAAGGAACUCACUUAUGCAAGUGGGAGCUCAGCAAGACGUUAGCGAAUGUCUAGACAAUGUCAUGUUUCAAGUCGAAGCUGCAUUGACAGCUCAGGAGAUUGAGGAUGUAUCAAAGACUGCCAAUAUCUCGGAAAGUGCAACCAAGGAUGCCCUAAAUUCUGCAAACGAAGACGAGUGGACGACUGAAGGCGACCUUCUUCGCCGGCUAUUCCUCGGUAGAACACAGCAGCGUCUAGAAUUGCAAGCUGAAGAAGAGCAAAAUGACGUCAAAGGUGGUAGCAUUCACAUGAAAAAAGAAGUCUUUAAGAUCUUACCCAUCGUUGUGAUGGAAGAGGAGGGAAAAGAUAUUCAUGAUGGAUUGGACGGCUUCUUUGCUGAGGAGAUUUUGACACAUGCAAGUGGACGUCCGAUGACAAGAGCUGUAUCUUUGAUCGAUCCUCCUGCUGUUCUGCAAAUCCAACUUCAGCGGGUUCAAUUUGAUCGUAAAAAAGGCAGAUCUUUCAAAUCGCAAGCGCAUCUUGCAUUCGAAGAAACAAUUUACAUGGAUAGAUAUAUGGACUUUGAUCUUCAGAAUGCUGACGAUCGUAAGCGAAACGAGAAGCGAAAGGAAGAACGUGUAGCGCGUGAAAAGAUUGCGGCUUUACAUGCAAGGAUACGGUCAUUGAAGCCUACCGAAGAAGGAAGCAAGGUGGCAGCAAGAGCACUAGAACGAUCAGCUUCGUAUCUCUCCUCAUUGCCGAAGAUCAAGCACCCGUUGAACAUCCCUAAUGAGAAGGAAGAUGUAAGUGACGACGAAGAAAAUGUGGAAGCGCCAGCAGGUGGAAUACCAGAGGAAUUGCUGGAAGGCGGCAUCAGUGCGUUUCUUGAGUCAGAAUCGAAGCGAGUUGAAGAGGAAAUCAAGGAAGCAGAAGAAUCCAUUUUGGAGCUCAAGACUGGAAUUGAAUCUUUGUGGGUAGAAGAACGUAGGGUUGAAUAUGUUUUGGCGAGUGUGUUCAUGCACAGAGGUGAAGCAUCCCAUGGACACUAUUUCCUCAAUCAACGCAAGCUCGGCCCAAAGGUACAAUCAGAAGAACAGCAAUCUGCACCAUCCACUUGGUUCAAGUACAAUGAUAAUGUUGUUCAGGAAAUUGCAGUAGGAGAUGUUCUAAAAGACAAGACAGGCGCAACACCUUACCUAUUAUCAUUCGUUCGCAAAGAUCUACAAGAUGAGAUGAGCUUGUUUGAUACAAUCUGUCGGUACGUUGAUAAUGGAGUCCCAAAUGCGACUGAUGGCCUCGUACGACAAGAUGUACAAACAGACACAAAAAUGGACGAAGGCAAGCAAGAGAAAUUGGAAAAUGGACAAGGGCAGGAAAAUCAUUUGAGCAGGAACAACGACAUGGAAGUGGAGAAGAAUUAAUUAGGAUCUUGUCGUGUUGCAAUUGUAACUUUAUUCACACUCUACAUAUAUGAUCGUCAUUUG